AGCAGCUGCCCCCUGCCUGCCUACUUCUCGGACCAUGGCCAAGAUGGAGCACACCUUCAUCGCCAUCAAGCCGGAUGGCAUACAGCGUGGCCUGGUAGGUGACACCAUCAAGCACUUCGAGCAGAAGGGAUUCCGCCUCGUGGCCAUGAAGUUCCUUCGGGCCUCUGAGGAACUCCUGAAGCAGCACUAUAUUGACCUGAAAGAUCGCCUGUUCUACCCUGGGCUGGUGAAGUACAUGAACUCAGGGCCCGUGGUGGCCAUGGUCUGGGAGGGGCCGACUGUGGUGAAGACAGUGAGAACGAUGCUUGGAGAGAGCAAUCCAGCGGAUUCUCAGCCAGGCACCACUCGCAGAGACUUUUGCAUUCAAGUCGGCAGGAACAUCAUUCAUGGCAGUGAUUCAGUAAAAAGUGCUGGGAGAGAGAUUGGCCUAUGGUUUGAGUCCGAAGAAUUGGUUGACUACAAGUCGUGUGCUUUUGACUGGAUCUAUGAAUAAGAGGUGGCCAAAGCAUCAGUCCCUUUUGGCUCUACUUGGAUGUGUCCCUGGACGCGGCUCUUCAUUCCAUUGACUUAGUAGCAAUAGGAUUGAUUUUUCUUUUGUAAAGCAAUUUACCAAUAAAGCCUCUGG